ACAUCAUAUCGUCACUCUCAGAUCACCUUACUUAUAGUAUAUAAAUUGAACCACAACACCUCUCAUCUGCUACCUAUUCCGAUCCACUACAAGCUUAUCUACGAACUUCAUGUAAUUUUAAUCCUUGUUUUUAACAAUGUGAACAUCUAUCUGAUCUUGACGAUAAUAAGUUGGGUUUUUUUUUUUUUUUUUUUCUGAUGUUUGCAUUGGCGUGAAAAAAAUAUCAUGUAGUCUGCAGCAUAUGGAGAUGAGAAGACAGGUUGAUGGAAUCAAUGGUGGUGCUAGUGCUGCGGUUUAUCCACACAAGGCUGAUAAGUUGGAGAUAAACACAGCUCUACCGAUUGAUGAAGAUGAAAAGGAUGAUGAUGAUUCUUGUGGUUGGAACAGGAUUGUUCAGAUUGAGCCUACAAUGUCUAUACACCUCAAGUUCCAAGAUGUGAGAUACACGGUUGCAGCAGCAGCAAGAGGAGCAGAAAAAUGCAUACUGCAAGGGGUGCGCGGUUCAGUCUGUCCAGGGGAAGUUCUUGCUCUAAUGGGACCUUCUGGUGGUGGUAAAACUACUCUGCUAAACCUUCUUAGCGGACGGGCCAAAAUCAAUCAAGGCACCAUUACUUACAAUGAUAAUCCAUAUAACAAGUCUUUGAAGCAAAGGAUUGGGUUUGUGCUACAAGAUGACAUUGUGUUUCCCCACCUAACAGUGAAAGAAACAUUAACUUAUGCUGCUUUGUUACGCCUGCCGAAAACACUGUCCACAGAACAGAAAAAGGAAAGAGCUUUGAGUGUCAUAUGUGAGCUUGGCCUUGAAAGGUGCCAGAACACAAUAAUUGGAGGGGCACUUAUCAGGGGAAUUUCUGGAGGUGAAAGGAAACGAGUCUGCAUUGGCAAUGAAAUUCUGCUAAACCCAUCACUUCUGUUCUUGGAUGAACCAACAUCUGGUUUGGAUUCAACCACGGCUCUACGAAUUGUCCAGAUGUUACAUAAUAUUGCUAAGGCUGGGAAGACAGUGGUGACCACCAUACAUCAACCAUCGAGUCGAUUGUUCAUCACAUUCGACAAGUUGAUUCUGUUGGGAAAUGGGUGCUCUCUGUAUUCUGGAAAAGCCUCAGAAGCUAUGCUGUAUUUCUCAUCAAUUGGCUGCUCUCCCCUUAUUGCCAUGAACCCUGCAGAGUUUCUCAUUGAUCUUGCAAAUGGGAAUAUCAAAGACAAGUCUUUUCCUUCAGACAUCGACACCAAAUCAGUGCCUGGAAACCAACAUUCUGAGCCUUCCCCAUCCGACGUCCACGAGUAUCUUGUGGGGGCUUAUGAGUCCAGAAGUGAGGACAUGGAGAACUGGAGACUUUUGAACCCAAUUGUGAUUGAGGAGAAUGUUGAGCAAGUGGGAGCAACAUGGUGCGAGCAGUUCUCUGUUUUGCUGAGAAGAGGGUUUAAAGAGCGGCGCCAUGAAUACUUCAGCAGUCUUCGUAUCACACAGGUCAUAAUAACAGCUUUGAUUGCCGGACUACUAUGGUGGCCCUCAGACAACGUUCAAUCUCCCAAUAAAGUUGCAGAUCAGGCAGGACUGUUGUUCUUCAUCUCAGUAUUCUGGGCAUACUUUCCUCUUUUCACAGCCAUAUUUACAUUCCCACAAGAAAGGGCAAUGCUGGUAAAGGAGAGAUCAGUGAACAUGUACAAACUGAGUGCCUAUCUGGUAGCCAGAAGCAUCAGUGAUAUUCCUCUUGACCUUUUCUUGCCUGUUAUAUUCUUGACCAUUGUCUAUUUCAUGGUUCGCUUGAAGAUGACAGUCCCUGCGUUUUCUUUAACUCUGCUCACAGUUUUCCUCAGCAUUAUCGCAGCUCAGGGCUUAGGAUUGGCUAUAGGCGCGGCUUUCAUGGACGCCAAAAAGGCUACAACUUUUGCCUCAAUUGUUACCAUGACAAACAUGUUGUGUGGGGGCUUCUUCAUCCAAGAAGUGAGGGCAUCCACGGGUUGGCUUCGGUACAUUUCUAUUAACUAUAAUACACACAGGUUGCUGUUGAAUAUUCAAUACAGUUGCUCAGAACCGAUUUCUAGAUCGGUUGUUUGUGACUCUUCUUUCAUCAAGAAUCAAAAACUUGGAUCAGGUCAAACUGAAGUUGGAUAUUUAUUGGCUAUGAUUAUUAGUUACCGUAUUUUAGCAUAUCUUCUCUUAAGAGGAAUAAAUUAUAAAUGUACAACUUUUUAAUUUUCUAUGUAUAUUGUCUUAAUUGAAUAUUAGCAAUAAAUAGUUCUUCUUCUUCUUCCCAGCAAUAUAAUA